GGGCUCUGCCCCAGCACCAGGCCCUGCUCCUCCAUGGCCAUGGCCAUGGCCGUGUUCUGCAACUCCUGCCUCUGCGAGCCCCAGAGCCCCACACCGCGCUUCUGCCUCACCAGCUGCGGCCACGUUUUCUGUGAGGUUUGCCUGCAGAAAGGCAAAAAAGAUGAAUGUUUGGUCUGUAAAAGUGCUUGUCGUACCUUAGUCCUUUCAAAAGAGACAUGCCCUGAUAUUCAAUCACUGUUCAUGCGAAUAGAUGUGUUAAGCAAGAAAUGUUCGAAAGAAGAAUCACAGGUUUCACAAUUUCAAGGAAAAUAUCGUAAGCAUUUAGUAACAUACCACAAACAAAAGAUAGCAAAGCUGGAAGAGUCUCUCAAGAAAGUAACACAACAAAUGCAACAGCUUCAAUGUAUGAAACCUCCUGAAAAAACUACACCGCUGCCAUUUUCCAGUGCAAGCAGAGAUCCAUUUUCCAUUCCUUCAAGAAGGCAGGAUGUUUAUUCUUCAUAUUCUCUUCAUUCAAGUCGUCCUUCCACUUCUGAAACGGUUGAGGCAAUGGAGGUUGAUCCUGUACCUUCACCAAUGAGGAAACUGGAGACACCAACCGGUCCAACAAGAUUAUCAGUAAUAACUCCACCACAGGAUGGACGUAUGGGUAGCGUAUCCUACAGGCAUUCUCAGACAGCUGUAAUAAUGCCACGUCGGAAGACUGAAGCAGAGUCUGCAAGAUCCACCCCUGUGAGCUUACCACGUAGUGCAUGUCCAUCACCAGCUGGAUCCCAAAGCAGUCGAAGGGGAUCAUGGGCCAGUUCUGAUUUCAGAACCCCUCAGCUGUACCCAUUUACAUCACCUUCCCCACAGCAGUCUCUAUCAAGGCAGCCAAUCACCAUCCCUGGAUUUCUGCAAAGACAACAUCUAGGCUCAACUAAUUUAGGAGGACAUUCAGCAGAGAGAUGA